CGCUACUUCGAAGGAUAUUCAUGAAUCAAAUGUGUGCUUGUGUUGCUGACGUAGAGCUGGAUAUGGCUCUGGAUCUGCUGGGAGGCAUGUACCACUGUGUGUUCAGUAGUUUUGUUGAAGCAAAGCCAGAAGACGUUCAUUUCCACUUGUACACUAGGAAAAAUCCAGAGGAGCCAGAAGAACUAUUUCUCCCCCAAGAACAACCCCUGGACAAUGUGACAGACAAUACUAAUAUUCCAAAACCUGUAUUGGAGGAAGAACUCAAGACAGAGAUUCCCUACAAUAAAAGGGAAAUUGAAAAUGAAGAGGACUAUUACGAAGAUGAUGAAUUUGAGCCAUUGAAUCCAGCUAAAUCGUCAAUUCAAUCAAAGUGGUUCAAUGUUUUUUCUGAAACAAAAGUUCUCAUUCACGGUUACCUUCAAGAUUAUCAGACAGAUGUUAUGGUCAGCAUGAAAGAUGCCUAUUUGUCCCGCGGGCCGUACAACGUGGUGGUGGUAGACUGGUCCGUGCUGGUAGGUGAAUCCUCCUGCUACCCCAUUGUCGCCUCACGAGGACUGCAGCAGGUGGGUGGUCUGUUGGCCCAGCUGCUGGACCACCUCGUAUACGCAGGAGUGUCGCCCAGUAACAUCCACAUCGUAGGGUUCAGUUUGGGAGCUCACGUAGCGGGUCAUGCUGGAACUUUUCUCGGCCACGGACUGGUAUCCCGGAUCACUGGUUUGGACCCGGCACUCCCUUACGUACCAAUGGAGAAUGACGUCAGCUUGGACGCAGGCGAUGCUGUGUUCGUAGACAUCAUACACUCGGCUGCGGGACUGCUGGGUCAGUCUGGGCCGAUGGGUCACAUUGAUUUCUACCCGAAUGGCGGGUCACAGCAACCCGGAUGUGAGGUGUCUUCCUUGAGCUGUUCACAUCGUAGAGCAGCUUUGUACUUUAUCGAAUCUAUCACUUCGGAGGUUGGCUUUCCUGCUACCAGAUGCGACUCGUGGCAUCACUACCAGACUGACAAUUGUAGCAUCUCAGCGACUGUUCUCAUGGGCGAUCCAUGUCCUGCCAAUGCUAGUGGAAAGUUCUACCUCGUCACUGGUUACAAAUCACCAUUUGUCCUGCAACCAGAGGAACAUGUCCAGGUGAAGAAGUCUCUCCUACUGGACUUGUUUUACGACUCUGAAGACCUGUAAGACCAAAAUCGUAGGAGAUGUACUUGGAAAUAGUAAAAGACAUAACAAUAGCCCAGUGGAUUGUACUGG